GAACUGCAGAAAACUUCUGUCUUCGAAUAUCGAAAUAGGAAAGCUGUUGAGGAUACUGAAAAAGGAGACGAGGAAUUAGGCUUCUUAUAUAGUCGAAACGUGUUGAGAAAUGCCAAAUAUGAAUAUAGAAAAGCUCGUUUCUUAGAUCCUGACCCAAGAAAAUCAUUGUCUUUAAUGAAACGGAAAACCACACUUGGUCAAAAUGUAAUUAAAGACAUCGGAUACGAUCCCGUUUUCGUACAAUUUUGGUCCAGCCAUCAAACUAGACUUUACAAUGCCAAAGUUGCUGAAGAAGGCGCAUUUAUAAGCAUUGAUGCGACUGGAAAAGUGGCAUCAAAAAUUGUCCACGUAGACGGAGAGAAAUCACAUCACUUAUUUUUAUACACAUUAAGUUUGAAGUGCAAGAGGUAUUCCCUUCCAAUAUCACGACAAAUCACCGAAUGUCAAGAUGCAGUAUCGAUUGGAACGUGGUUAAAGAAAUGGUUAAAAUCUGGAGCGAAAUAUCCAGCUGAAGUGGUAACUAAACAACAAAAUCAAAUUUGAAAUAUACUACACAUACUUACAUACUUGUAUGUAUGUACAUGCAAAACUGAUAUGUAUUGUAAAAGAAAUUACCGUGCCGGUAAAAAAAUGGUACCUCAACAUUUUGACCAGUUUUGUAUUUCUUGAUCAGGAUAAGACAUUUCUAAAUAUGGCUAUUACCAUACUCACAUAACAAAUGUGCAAUAAUUUUCUAAAUACAACUCCCUCAACUAUUUUAGGUAUGCGACGAAUCUCGAGCUCUUAUGAACGCAAUAACGUCUGCAUUUACACCUUUUUUGACUGUUGAAGAAUAUGCAAAUGCUUGCAACCCUCAAAUUAAUAAAAUGCCAGCCUGUUACAUUCGUAAUGAUUGUGCUCAUGUCAUGAAUAUGUGGGCACGUUUCUUGAAGAAAGUCGUGAGGCCUAGAAUUAAAGAAUUUUACCUUAUAGCGAUUGGAACAUUGAUUAUAACCACAGAUUUGAAAAUUGCCCGAGCCAUUAUAAAAUCUAUACUACUUAUAUGCUCUUGUGAAACAAUUGGUAACGCCACAAUAACAAUGAAUAACGCAGAGCUUUUGAUCACCCAGCUUGCGACUGAAGAGACUCCAAAUUUUAUUGAAAUAAAAAAUCUCAUUCAUAAUAUUUUAGUCACGACAGACAUCGCAUUAGACAAUGAUAUAAACGAUAAAGAGCCAUCUAUAGACUUUUAUGAUGAAACCGAAAACGAUGAAGAAAUCAAUGAAAACAACGAAUUAGAAUCAAGCAUUGGAUUCAGUUGGCGCGAUUGGGGCUUAACCAUUCAAAACGACGUAUUUUCUGUACUGAAUUCCGAAGAGGGAAAUAAAGACAACCCACGAGUAUGUCCAAAAAUCGCAACACAGCUAUUGAAGAAAGUUGAAACUUUACCUUUAUGGACAAAUAUCUGCAGGGAUUCUUUCGGCCAUGGAAGAGUCCCUGCUUCCAGUGCUCAUAUAGAGAGCGAAAUGAAUUUAGUUAAAACGCACAUUCUGCAAAAACAAAUAAUGCGGCUCGAUGUAAUAGUCGAAAAGUUAAUUGAGCAAGACAAAGGCCGCUUGGUCAUUUUGGAAAUGGAGGAAACGAAAAAAGAUGAUAAAAAUUUAAAACAUUCAAAAGGAGACCAAAGUGAUAUCACCAUAAACGAAACUGUGUCUGAAACGCAAAUAUUAGAAGAUACGUAUAAUUCUGGGAAGAUGGACUUAAUUCAAAAUGAAGAUCCAUUUAUAGUAGCAUCUAUGUCCGAAGGGGAAAAUCAAAUUACACAGAGUACACUUAAUGAAGACGAAGAAUGCGAAAUUUGCAAAACGAUUUGUUUACCAGGAUCGGGAUAUCCGUGCGUUUUAUGCAGUAACGUAGUACAUAGAAAAUGCUCCAAAGCGAUCAACGAGGAAGGAAACUAUAGCCAAAAAAGAAUGUGCAAGAAUUGUUCGCAUGAUAACCACAAAGGGGCAAGACUGGCUUUAAAGUCCUGUGAAAAUUGGAGAGGGGAAGGAAUAGAAAAAGUCUCUAAGCCCGGAAAAUAUUUAGGCAGGAAUAAAAGUGCUGUCAAAGACAGUUUAACUUUCGAGACUUUCAAGAAAAUACCAAUUUUAAAAAACGGCUCCUCAAUGGGAUUAGAGUUUACUAAAAUAGGGAAUAGCAAAAUCACAGUAUCUAACACCUGUGCUUUUGAUAGUCUAUUUCAAAUUUUACUCGCUGCCGCUGUGGACAACGCACACAUAAAAGAUUACAUCAAGGAUAAAAGACAAGAUAACUUACUAUUCAAUGUCAUCGAUUACACUAUGGGCUCUUUAAAAAUUACACCAAAAACCUAUGUAAUGAGGGCUGAAGCUAUUAUGAGCACAAUACCAAUUAUCAAAAAGAGCAAUACGAUGCAAUAUAUUGAUGCGGCAACCAACAUCGCCACGCUUUAUGAAAAUUUAUUUGCACGGCAACCAACUUUAAUCAAACAAUCAGAAUGUUGUGGUGAAAAUGUCGAAAAAAUCGUGCCAUUCCUCACAGAUGAGCUUCUGCUGGAUAGUAAUUUCGAAGAUUUAGCCCUGCAACGCAUCAUUGAAGUGGAUCCAAGAAUUUGUCCUGCAUGCAGAAAUAGAAAAACAGAGCAAUGGAAGCUGCUACAUAUAGAUCGUGUUAUAGCAUUUGAACCAGCUCAAAUCUCUGGGCCUGUACAGCUCGACAAGAUCCCGAAAUGUUUGCGUGCUGGCGAGGAAACUUUUAAACUGGUUGGAUGCGUCGGCUUUAAGGGUCUAAACAAUACUGGAUCGCGAUGCUCAACCAGCUUGGGCCACUACAUCGGCAUCGCCUUCCGAAGAGGAAAGUUUAUUAUAUACGAUGACCUAAACGACAGAGAGAUAGCUACGAAGUCAACGCACAAAAUAUUGCUAAGUCUUUUAAUUUAUGUAAUUAUAUAAAUAAAAUUAAAAAAAUUUUAUACCCAUCGAAAUCUAUUAUUUCCUACUUUUAUUAAAUAUCAUUUCAAGCGCUACGUAGUAACUUUCUCGAUAUCUCAAUUCCAUCGACAAUGGAAGUUAGCGCUACAUACCAUUUUCUCUUAAACCACGAAAGCUACAAAUUUUUUCUUUCCACAACAAAUUUUAAAGUUAAAAGCUACAAUUAAUGGCAU